AUGGCGAUGAAAUGGUUUAACGGCCUCAAGCCGAACUCCAUAAAUUCCUUUAAGCAGCUAACCCAGGCCUUCGGCUCUCGCUUCAUCACGAGCAGUAGGGUUCCUCGGCCCUUGGAUUCCCUCAUGUCCUUAUCCAUGCGAGAAAGGGAGACACUGAAGGCUUACUCGGAUAGGUGUUGGGAGAUGUAUAAUGAGAUAGAAGGCAAUUAUGAUGACGUUGCCAUCAGUACCUUUAAGAGAGGCCUGCCGACCGAACACGGUUUAAGGAAAUCCCUGACCGGGAAACCGGUCACCAGCCUACGCCAGCUCAUGGACCGAAUCAACAAGUACAAGAGGGUCGAAGAGGACCAGCAGGUGGGUAAGGGUAAAGCGAAGGUUGUCCCUCAGGAGAGGAGGGACUUCAGGUCAGACCGAUUUAACAACAACAAUCGGCUGAGAAGAGAUUACACGGAGCAACUUGAAUCCGCCGGUGCUCAGGUAGUCCACGCUGUGUUCCGCGAUCCCUUACAUAAGAUUUUGGAGAAAAUCAGGAACGAACCAUUCUUCAAAUGGCCAAAUAGGAUGGCAAGUGACCCCACGAAACGCAACCAGAACCUGUAUUGUCAGUACCACCAAGAACCAGGACACACUACCGAUGACUGCAGAAAUCUGAAAAACCACUUGGACCAACUGGUCCGAGAAGGGAAGCUAAAACAUCUCUUGCAUCAUUCCAGUAGCCAACAAGAGCAGACGAACAUUGAGGCAAGGCAAGGCACCUUGAGAUCGCCUAUUGACACGAUAAAUGUCAUUCUCGCUGCUCGGAACCCCAAGGAGGUCUAA